AUUAUACUUUUUAUUAUCAUGACGAAAUGAUAAAUGAAGGUAGCUAUACAUUUUUCGUUUUACAUUGAUCAACGGAAAGUCAAUAAUCAUAAUAUCAAUACGUUUUACUUAUGUAGCGCUAGUAAUGGUAAUUAAUACUGGCCAAUAUGUAUUCAAUUGACAAAAAAGAUAGUGACAUUGUUGAUGUUAACAAAGCUGACGAUAUCGAGAAAUUUGAUAAUUCUAUAGAAGUUAUACGAAGAUGCACGACACAAAACGCUAUUAAUACAUCGUGGGGCCCAUCUAAUAAUGAUUCCCUUGGUGAAUAUACUAAGGGCAAUAAAACACCUCCAUUUGUGAGCAUUAUGAUGUCAAACAGUAUAAGUCCGAGUAGAGAAGACAAGCUGAACAGUUCGACACAAACGGAUCAUGCAUUGCCAAUAAACUGUAGUCUUAUUGAUGUGAGUCUCUCGUUUACCAAAGACAUUGAACCCCAAGAUUCCAGUUCUAAUGAAAAUUCAGCGCGACUGUUUGUCAAUAAACGAAAUCGAAGCAAUUCGAAUGAUAUGGAAAAUAUGGAAAUUAGGCACUGGAAGAAGACGAAGUGUAUGGAUUCUAGUACGCCGAGCACAUCUGACUCUAAUGAACGAGCUACGAAUGGUGGAGCCGUAUCAUCAAGCCAAUUUUCUAGUACUUCCGAUACGUCUUUCAAAUCCAUAAAUAGCAGUCCUAGUUACAAAGUACGGAAGAGAAGGCUGAAAUCUGAGUCAAGUUUAUUCAAAGAUGCGCUUCAAAGGUCCAAAAAAGCUACAAAUUUAAGUAAACAUAAUAAACCUUGUCCAUUUGAAAAUAAUUCAACCGGAGGGACACCGAGGAAGGACAGAAGCCAGCGACGCGGCAAAGCGAAAUCCUGGAGAUUCGUGGACCUUUGUACAUGGAUCGGAAGGAAGAGCUAUCAAUCCAUAACUGGUUUUUAUUCGGACAUACUACGCGAGCCUGUGGCUCAGAGGACCAAUCAUCACGUAGAAGAGGUCAUUGAGCUGAGGAAAUACCUAGAAGAAGUGGACACAAAGCACUCACGGCUUGCUAGGGAAAAUGAACUGCUGCAAGAUCAAAUGAAACUGAUGAUGGUCAAGAUUGAAGAAUUAGAGGUCAAAAUUAGACGUCAAGAAAACCAACCUCCACGGCCAUAUUGUCCACCCCCACCUCCUCCCCCGCCGCCGCCUCCCCCUCCACCACCGCCCCCACCACCUGCCACCAAACUAGGAAGGUCCCACACCAUACCAAGAUGUGGCUCUGCGCCACCAAGGAUUGCCGGACCCCGUCUGACCAUCACUCCACAGGAUAUAGCUAACGUGAAGCUGAGAAAAACCAAGGACAAUCCAGUGCGACCCAAGCCGGCAUCGAAGGAGCCACUGCCGUUAGUGACCCAGCACAUGCUUUUGUCCACGCGCGCUAAAUUGAGCCGGGCAAAGCCCGUUGCUGCUUCCACUCCUAAACAGCAGCUAUCGGAUUUGGAAAAAUGUCUACUACAGGAGACGUCGUUGACGUCUCUAUACAGAAGGCGCGUCGCCCGCAACUCGUUCCGCAGUGCGGAGGAGCUGCGGCCGCGGCCGUACCCCGCCGCGCGCUGCUCGCGCUCGCCGAGGUCGCCACGAUCAAACUCACUGCCUCGAAAACCCAUCAACUCACCCUUGAAAUUCUCUGACACAACUACACUAAAAUCUAAUGACUAAUUUGUAUUGUCUGUACUAUGUGCAUGUGUAAAGUGUAGUUAAAUACCUAGUUUAGUUUUUGUCGACAAAUAUUGUAUUAGUUGUGGCUUUGGAUUUAGUUCCAAAAAUAAUGACAAAUGAACUGACUGGUUUUUUAAUCAAAAUAUUUAAUUUUGAUUAUUUGUGUUACUCUUUUUAAUAUCACUUAUCUACAUUAUGAAUCUCAGAAUAAGGUAGCUGCUAGUACCUAGUAAAAUUCCUAUGUCACUAGUGGAACUUACCUAAUUUAAUUUUGUUCAAAUUAGUCCAUAUAGUAUUAAUUUAGCUACAUUUUAAGAACUUAAUGUAAAUACUGAAUCACGCAAGUUUGGUUUUAUUUUAUAGAAUAAAAUAUUUAUAUAUUUUCGAACAAUAAUAUUAUUGAGUGAGAUAUAAUACAAUGUUUUAUUCGAUUUUUAAGUGAAUUUAUGUCAUGGAAAUUUACAAAUAUUUAUAAAAUAUUCAAAUUAGAUAUCUAUCCAUAAGGUAGGCAUCUUGUAUCCAAUAAUGUACACAUCUAAAAAAUAUUAUUUUAUGAAAUGGC